ACAAAUGAAGUCAUGCCCACCUCCACCUCAGAUUCCCAAUGCUCACAAUAUGACAACGACAAUAAAUUUUUGGGAUGGAGAAAAGGUAUCUGUUAUCUGUCAAGACAAUUAUGUAAUUCAGGAUGCAGACGAAAUCAUGUGCAAAGAUGGAAGAUGGCAGUCGAUACCACACUGUGUUGAAAAAAACCCAUGUUCUCAACCACCUCAGCUAGAACAUGGAACCAUCAAAUCAUCUAAAUUUUCAGAAGAAAUGGACAAAACAUUGAAACCUGAGCUUUAUGCACAUGGCACCAAAUUAAAUUACGCUUGUGAGGAUGGUUUCCGGAUAUCUGGAAAAGAUGAGAUAACGUGCCACAUGGGAAAAUGGAGUUCUCCACCUCGGUGUGUAGGACUUCCUUGUGGACCACCACAUUUGAUUCCACAUGGGAUUCCAUCACCAAUAUCAGACAGUUACCAAUAUGGAGAAGAAGUAACAUACAAAUGCACAGAAGGUUUUAUGGUUAAUGGACCUGCACUUAUACAAUGUUUAGGAGGAAAAUGGUCCCACCUACCAGAAUGCAAAAACACGGAUUGUUUUAGCUUACCCGACUUUGGUAAUGCCACACCUAAAGGCCAGCAGAAAGAAGUAUAUAGGUCAGGAGAAAAAGUUGCUUACGAAUGUCCACGUGAUUACGUUUUGGAUGGACCAAAUACUGUACAGUGUAUUGACAGCCAAUGGAUAGGAAAGCCAAUAUGCAGAGAUCUUUCCUGUGUGAAUCCACCCCGAGUGGAAAAUGCUAUUAUACUAAAUGAGAUGCCUAGGUAUCGACCUGGUCAGAGGGCACGUUACAAAUGCAUUAAACCUCUUUACCUGGUUGGAGACCAAGACGUGACAUGUUCAAAUGGAAACUGGACACAACCACCUCAGUGCCUAGACCCUAAGGAAAAAUGUGGGCCCGCUCCGAGUAUUAAAAAUGGAGACAUGACCACAUUCCCCAAAUCGGAAUAUGACCCAGGAUCGUCAGUUGAGUACCAGUGCCAGUCCUUGUAUGUGCUUGAGGGAAACAGGAUCAUAACAUGCAGCUAUGGGCAGUGGUCCACACCACCAAAGUGCCUGGAUGUAUGUAUAAUAUCAGAAGAUAACAUGAAAAAACAUAACUUAAAAUUAAGAGGGCCUUCUAAGAAUAAACGAUAUUUCCAAACAAGGGAAACUGUGCACUUUGAAUGUAUGAGAGGAUAUCGUAUGCAGACAUCACAACAAACAUCCCAAGCAAUCUGUUGGGACGGGAAACUGGACUAUCCUGUUUGUGGAUGAAAGAAUGGUUAAGAUGCAGUCCUCGAGUUAAAAUAUGUACAUUUAUUCAAAAAUUUUCAUGAUUGAUAUAAUUCUGUUUAUUUUGUCAAUUGCUGUUUAAUUCAUUUAUAUCUUUAGUAGAAUUUGUGUUAAAUAUUAUAUGGAUGAUGCAAUUAUAAUCUGAGCGACUUCUAAAAAGCACCUUAUUAAAACUUGCCAAACCAAAA